GGCCCACCUCCUCCCUCCCAGGCUAUUUAGUGAUGAUUCAGAUCAUACCACUCAGUGCUUGGCCUUGGCCCACGACAUCAGCCCUAUCCCUGCUGCAGGGCCUUCGUCCACCUUCUCCCCACCUGGCUCCUCCGACCUUCUAGACCCUGGUCUCUUCUGCUGCCUUGCCCGCCAGCUCUCUGCUACUCUGCUUUCCCUGGCUCCUUCUACCCACACCAGCUCCCUGCUCCCCCAGGAGUGCACCCGUCUACCCCUUGCUCCGCUGUACGCUUGCGCUCUGUGUCCGCCGGGAGUUGGGCUGCGGGGUUGGAGGCUCCAGCGAUCCGGAUCCCGGCUUCUGAGCCGACGCCGGUGAGGGGCUGCGACAGGUGGCUGCGCUCCCCGCGAUGGGCUGUUCUAGCAGCGCCCUCAACAAGGCCGGCGACAGCAGCAGGUUCCGCACAGCAACAGAAGGAAGUGAAUCCUGCUUUGCCCAACCAAAACCACGUGCGCUGGGGAGAGAAUCCAGUCUAUAUGGCCAUGUACAGAGGGAAAGCCUCCCUCCGUUAGAGAAGCUCAAGGUUUCAGCAGGGUCUACAGCUAAUGGUGUUCAAUCCCUCCAUGAACAGCCCCCAACCAAGGAUGUAGCUUCUGGAAAGGAUGUUGCAGACCCAGCAGGAGCCACAGAGAAGGCUCAGCCUCUAAAGAAACCAGAAGAUCCUGGGCCACCUCAGGCAGGUGGACAGGAUACCCCAGGAGCAGAAAGGAAGGCUGAUGUGGAGGCAGUAAUGGAGACUCAGCCUAUAAAAGAAAAUGCGGAGGUGGAACCAUUGGGGACAGAAGGCAAGGGUCAGCCUUUGCAGACUGCAGGAGAGGGAGUCUCCCCUGGAGCAGUGGGAGGCACUGAGAAUGUACACGCUGCUGGAGAGGUGAAGCCUCUGGGAACAGCUGAGAACAUCCCGCCUCUGGAAACAACUAGAGAUCUACAACCUGAAAAAGCAAUGGGAAAGGAUGAGCAGUCCCCGCUUCUAGAAACAAUUCCCAAAGAGAAUGAACCUCCAGAGGAACUAGAAGGAAAUCAGUUUGUCGAAUCUGCAGAACAAUCACCACUUCAGGAAACAUUGGGAAAAGAUGAGCAGUCCCAGCUUCUAGAAGCAAUUCCCGACGACAGUGACUGCUCAGAAAUAUUGGAAGGCAGUCAGUUUGUGGAAGCAGUUGAAGACCUGCACCUUCAAAGACCACUGGGAAGAGAUGAGCCAUCCCGACUUCUAGACACAGUCCCCAAAAAGAAUGAACCACCAGACAUAGUGGACAGGAGUCAGCUUGGGGAAACACCUGUAAUGAAUGAUCCUCUUCAGGAAACUCCUGAAGGCCCAGGGAACAUGGGGCAAAUUCCACCUGAAGGAACAGAGGGAAGCAAGGAGUAUCCAGCUGGAAUUGUAGAGACCGAGGCAAAUGUGGAAACGUUCAGGAAAACUCCCAGUAAGGAAGAGGACCAGCACAUAGAAGGUGAGACGGGAGAAAAGAUGGAAACAGAGAUGAGGAGUGAGAAAGUAAGUGAGGGAGCUGAAACAAAAGAAGAAGAAACAGGAGAAGCUGUGGAUCUUUCAGCAGCCACAUAGACACGUCUGGCCAGACAACAGCAAAUGGACACAGAAUAUUAUAAUUAAGACAAAAACGGAAGCGAAACUCGUGUGUAUGGAUUUCAUCUUUCUAGAUCUAUGUGUUUUAUACAAGGACUGUCAUUAUAGGUAGACUGUAGGAACCAUGAAAACGUUAUCAUUUCUUGAAAAACUGCUGAGCUCUAAGGUUUUCUUAGCGUCUUGGAAGAGUUCUAUUAUAAAACGAUAGUAGCCAGAGCCAAUGAAAACUAGGGGAUGUGAUCGUUUGAGUGUGAAGGUGGUACAUUGUACAUUCAGUAGAAAAAAUGAGACCCUAAAAAGGUGUAAACCUUUAGGUAAAGAUACCUGCAGAAAGGAGUUAGUAAAUUUUAGGGAACUCAUAAUAAAAUCACAUCGCUGUCAUUGCAAUGGAAUGAGAAUGAACAACAACGAAACAAUGAAUGAUACCUAGUUUCUAUCCUCCCACAGAAGUUAGAGCUGAUAGGAACCUUAGAAACCCAUCUCAGGACUGGCCCUAAAGGAACUGGAUCCAGUAUGGUUGGAUGGGGUUUGAGCCCCAACUAGCUGGCUUGAAACACUCACCACGUGUACAUGUGCAUGUGAGUGUGCUCACAAGUCUAACAGGAUGGAGAAAUGGAGUAGGGAUGGUGGGGUGAUC